AUGGAUGGUUCGGAGAAGUUGAAACCCUUAUUUAUAGAAACAAUAAAAAAAUCGUGGAUGAAUACCAAACUGUGGAACGAAUGGCUUGAAACCCUCAAUAAUGACAUGCGAAAACAACGUAGAAAAAUUAUUAUGUUUGUUGAUAAUUGUACUACCCAUAACAACCCUCCUACUCUUUCUAAUGUGCUAAUUGAAUUCCUCCCGACAAACACUACCUCAAAACUGCAACCUCUAGACCAAGGGAUAAUUAAAAAUUUUAAAGUUCUGUAUCGAAAAGAAAUUGUUUCUGAAUUUUUGGCCUGCUUGGAUAAUAACGAUUUUCCGAAAGUAACCAUUUUGACUGCUAUAACGAUGAGCAAUAUAGCUUGGAACAAUGUGACUGGACAAACAAUUUUCAAGCAGUUAUCAACGUUUGAAGAAUUUGUUGCUAUCGACGAUGAUUUGGCUAUCUGUGGAGUUCUCAAUGACGAAGAGAUUUUGAACAAAGCUGAUGAUGAAGAAGGUAAUGACGAAGAAGAAUGUUGUGAAGAUCCCACCGGAAGUUCAAAGGAAGCAAAAUCAGGUCUCCACACCGUCUUAAAUUAUUUACAGAAACAUGACAUCGACGACAAUGUGUUUCGUAACAUUUUAAAUUUGGAGAACACUAUUGACCGCAUAAGCGCAAACCUUAUACUAAUAGACUGGCCAUUCAUACACGUACAGCGGUCAUCGAUAGAGGGCGCUCUUCUUGUGUGA